CGAGGGAGGACAGUGGUGGUGGUGAGGGGUGAGUGACGGUCACCUUUUGUCCUCGUGUCAGGUGUUGACUCUGGCCUCCCCUGGCGGCGUAACCCAUGUCGACCUGCUAACUGGCGCCGGCGGCCACAGGUGCUGGGGCAGAUGUCAGCUGUUUCUGCCGUGGACCCCCCUGGGGGCGCCGGGCAGGACGGAAGCAACAUUCCUUUCAUCGACGACAGCGGUUCCUCUUGUGCUUCCUCCAUGAUGGGUGAGGAGGAUGACACUGCCUCGCUGAGUAGACUGCUCGAUGAUGCUGCUUCCAGGGAGCUUAGCAUCAAUGGCCUACAUGACGACCUCGCCUCACUCUCUUGUGGGUAUGCUUCUCUUGAUGCCCAUAGUGAUGCCCACAGUGAUGCCCCUAGUGAUGCCCACAGUGAUGCACAUAGUCGAAGUGAUGUGGGCAGCAGCGGGGAAUCACAGGAGAAAUCUCGGACAGGUUCAGGUAGGUGGUCAUGGCAGCAGUCGUCACCUGGGUCCCGAAGGACUUCAAAGUCAAGCAUCAAAUCCACAGACAAUCUUUAUGAAGAACCUGCUGAUAAUGAAGACAAUGACGAGAAGCCUCGACCAGCACUGCCGCCUUCCUUGCCACCAUGUGACACAUGUGAGGACCGCUCCUCGACUUCUUCUUCUUGUUUCACUGGCACAUCUUCUUCAGUGCUCUCCUGCACUACUUGUGCAGCAGAGUCUGAUGCCAGGCCUGAAGCUGACCCCCCAAGUGGUACCAGAUCUGUUGACCCCAUACGAGAUAAUCCUACACAGCCCAACAAUCCCUCAAACCCUGCUGGCAACCAAAAUUCUCCUCCCACAAAUGCUCAGAUGCCAGAAUCAUCCAAAAGUGAGAUGUUGCUCAGCAAUGGUCAGAUGACACCUAAUCGCCUGAGCCUCACUGUCAAGGAGGUGUGGAGCCCUGGUGGUGAAAUUCCUGUGCCACUGGUGGCAUCAACCCCACAGCCUGGUGGUAGCGGGGGUGCAGAGGCCAAGUACAUCACUCCUCACCAUUAUAUUUCCUCCAUGCGGGUGGCAUCCAUGAGGGGUGCAGCCGAUAUGGGCGGUGCCCUUGUGGCCCGUGUUGCUACCUUCCUCAGGACACAGUACAAGAAUCUCAUCUCCACACCCCUACAACUACCAUGGUGCCCGAGCUUCAAAAUGUUAGUGAGCAACUUUGAGACGAGCCUGCUACAGGUGCCCCUGGCUCCCCAUCUCAAGGUUCCACCAGGUCUGCUAACAAUACCAAACAUUCUGCAGCCUCAUCAGUCAACUGUUGGAGAUCGACCAAAGCGUGUCCUGGUAGAGGGGGACUCAGGGUAUGGCAUAUCUACCCUCGCCCUUAAACUGGCAUAUGACUGGGCCUUUGACCCCACUGGCUCUUAUCUCUCAUCUUACAGCUUGGUGUUUGUUCUCACAUUGCGAGAUUUUCGAGGCGGAUGUUUGUUCUCGUACCUGUGCAAAGAGAUUCUCCCAAGACACAUAUUAAGUAAAGAAGCAAUGAACACUCUCUGGAACCACAUGAAGAAAAUUGAAGACAAGGUGCUUUUUCUGAUUGUUGGGUAUGAUGAGUUGAGUGAAGAGGAAAGUGGGGACAUCAAUGAGCUGGUUGAGGGCCAGAUGUUUGCAAACUCAACUUUUGUCAUCACCUCACGCCGUGGAUCCUCUAAGCCCAUUCCACCAGUGCUCCAUAGACGGCUUUUCAUUGCUGGACUUUCUCCCGAUCAAACACAUAGGUUCAUCUCACGGUACUUUGAAGCAAUCAACAAACCAGGAAGCGGAAGUGAGGUCCUCUCUCUGAUCGCUGCAAGCCAGGAGAAAUAUGGAGACCUGAUCACCUGCCCCGUUAUGUGUUUGGCUUUGGGAGUUCUCUAUGAAGACUUGGGGGGUAAACUCCCUUCCAGACUUACAGAUAUGUACAUGUCUCUCAUAAAGUACAUGAUCAGGAAGAAUUUGAUCAACAGAGGGGAGCCAAUGUGCUAUGAUGUCUUACCUGACAAAUACAACAAGUUGUUAUCGGACUUUGGAAAGAUGGCUCUGGAGGCCUUGAAGACAAAUGUUUCAUAUUUCACCGGCCAGGAUCUGAAAACCAAAUGUCAGCAUGGAGGAGAUCUAGUUAUUGAUCUGGGCAUUUUACUCAGGAUGCAAUCCAUGUCAAAACUGACCAAAAAAGACCACUACACGCCAGUUCAUAAGUCCUUCCUGGAAUUUUUAGGAGCUUUCUACCUAUCGGGACUCAUACAUGAUACCUCAUUACUACAAGCAGAAAUUGACAAUAUUGCAGAGAAGUUGGACAUCACGCACCCAGUAUUGAGUCAUAAUUCUGGUUUGAUGGUGCUGAAAUAUUUGGUUGGAUUGUUGGGAAGAAAUGCUCACAUUAUCUUCAACAUUGUGUCCCAAAUGGCUGUUCCACAGAGAAUACUCUUCUUACUGCUCAAGGAGAGUGGCAUGUACCAGAUGAAUGUCCUGGAAGAACGAGCAACUAGCAUGUAUCAGAAGAACGUGGUGGAGGUAUGCAAACAUGUAUCAGGAAGAGAGCACGUUGUAAUCCAGACAAAUUCAGGUGAACUUGAAGACUGGGGUCGACUGUUGUAUUCCCCUGAUUGUAUGUUGGAAGGUGUUGAGGUUCUCUUGGACUUUGAUGGCAAUUCCAAGGAUAAGCAUGAGUCAUUCUUCACAUCCAUGUCCUUCAAUGAGAGCGUCAAGAGUGUAAAACUAACAUGUGUUGUUGGAGGUGACUUUGGUGAGACAGAGGUUACAAGAUUAGUGUCAUAUGUGCGAGCUGUCCUGACAAAACGUCGCUUGGAGUCAUUUGAGAUCCAAGUUACAUCUUUGGAAGAAGCAACGGCAGAAAUCCUAAGUCCUGUUGUGGAAAUGAUCUGUGAUACACUACCAGACUUGGCACAAGCCCUCAACAAGCUAGUUGUGGCUCUGGAGCUGGAUGGGAAGCAGGUGAUGCAGCUGUGCCAGGUCCUACAGAUGGCUCCACAGGUGCGAGUGCUCCAUCUCCCUCAUUUGGCAUGUGGGCUGGAAGGACUUAAAGCUGUAGCACAAUUAGUCGAAAACAACCCUCUAGUAUCCCUCAAUCUAGCAGGGUCACUCAGUUCAGGUACUCCGGUGGAUGAAAGAUCAACAGGAACAGGUGCUAGUACCCCCUCUCCUACCCGGGAAGAUGCUCCAGCUCCUCUCUCAUUUUGGAGCUUCACUGAUGCACAAGGCAACACUCGCUCAGUCUUCAAUUCACUCCCACGUUCCUUCUAUCAGUCACUUCCAAGACGGGGUCGACUGCACUCACUCUCAGCGGAAAAGAGAAACUCUGAUACGACACUUUUGCAGAAGACCUCAUUCCCUCCACCAGCUUGUAGUCCAUUAGUUCACUCUAAUGGCUUCCAUGAAAUCUUCUCAGCAUUCCGCAACCCAUCUUCUAGAGUUUGUCAUUUAAAUAUCAGCAAAUGUACAAUGGGGGCCGAGGACUUAGUGUGCCUUGGGGAAACUGUUCGCUUUACCAAGUGUCUCUCAUCUCUGAGGAUGGAAGGACUCUCAAGAAUGGCAGAGAUUAUCCCAGUUCUCAUAGCAUUACAGGAAAAUACCAGUUUGCAGCUUCUUGACCUGACAUCUCCUCACAUUCUCCUGGGUGAUGCUGCUCUUCAUGUCACUCUAAAUGCUCUUGCUAGAAACAAGUCUCUUAGGUUUCUUGUACUAAAUGGAUGGACAAUUCAAGUAGAGAGUGAACGAUCCUUGAAAGAGUUAAUCCAGUUCCUGACAGUGACAGAGCUACAACACCUUGACCUGGGAAGCUGCCAGGUGAUGGUCACAGUACAUGAUGGACCUUUGGCUCGUCUCUCGAGGCAGGAUGAUGUGAUAGCUGCACUUCAGGAAGGAGUUCCCCCUCUUCAAAACAGCACCUUGGCAUUUAUGAAUCUUGAUAAUUUUGAGGUGACUUUGAACAAUAAAGUUGUGUUAAGGGGACCACAGCUGCUCUUCCUACUCAGACACUUCCCAAAGCUUGUUGAUGUUUCUCUAACAUCCAGUCUUGGGGCUGAUGUGAUUGAUGAUGCUACAACACACAGACUCUUCUCUCUCUUGCCUGGAUCAUUUCCAUUCCUGAGAAGGUUAACAUUGGGUGGUUGGGUGUUUUCUCUGGACAACUGUGAGAAGGUAAUGCGUGCUGGAGGUAGACAGCUUCGAGGUAGUCAGCUACGGGAGGUGUUAUUGGGAGGAGUAGAGGUACGAGAAUCGAGUGGAAAGCCUGGCAUGGAGCACACACUCCUCCAAGCCCUCACCACCAACCUCCACCACCUUUCUCUCCUCUCCCUUGCUGGACUUAAACUCACUCCAACUCAGUCAGCUCUGUUUGGGAAGACACUGCGAGAUAAAUUGGCAUCAUCUACCCUUGAGCUAGAGACCCGGGGUCUGGGAUAUGCAGCCAUCAAGGCUCUGAGACAGGCGCUCACAGAUGGAGGUAAAUUUGAGUUCGAAUUUCUUGGUGGCCCAUCAGGCACUUACAAGCUGAAAAAGAUUGAUAGGAGAGAAAAACUGAUUGGUAAAUGGGCUUGCAUAUCCACUCUGGAUAGAUUAAGUGAACUGUAAGAUUAUGUAAGCACGUGAAUUUUAAGGAGGCUAUAAUCUACAUUAUUAAUUGAUAGGAACUAUGUUGUGCAUAUAUUAGACUUUCUACAAAUUAACAGCAAGUGAUCAUCUGAGGUGUUCAUACUGUACAUGUACUCAGUGCUAGAUGACGGACACUUGUGCUAACUGUUAUUCAUAAGAUCUUAAAAUGUGUGAUAUAUUGUUAACAAAGUUGGAUGUAUACUCAUUAACAUGGAAAUGAGAGUGAAGUUGAUGAUACUCUAAUGAAGAUGAUUACUGUUAAUGGCAGUUCACCAGUUUUAGCCUUUUUUAUUAGUGAAAUUGGCCAUAUUGUCUUAAAUUUGAGAAUUUAUAGAAUUAAAAUUUGAAUCAAUUGACAGUUAUAUGUGAUUUGGUAAACUAAUAUUAAGGCAUUGUCAGAACUAUAUGGUAAAUAGCAGGACUUUAUGGCAAUGGUGCUUUUUAACCCUGUGCUUCCAUGCAGAUUUUGCCUUAUUCAGAAAUCUUAGGCAAUACAAUUUUCAUUUAUUUAUUUUUUUUUUAUUUAUUUUUUUUUUUUGACAAGGCACAUGGACAUGAAUCAUUCAAGUUGCUGAUGUGCUGAAAAUGUUUUUAAUGUAAAUUGAAACAGUUUACAUCUGAUGUUAGGGUAUUAUUUGACAAAUGGAAAUAUUAUUAUUUAUUCGUACAGUAAUUGUCAUUGUGCUUUUCCCAUCACUUGACAGACUACAAACUGUAUAUAUUGAUACUACAUGUACUGUACAGUGAUAAUUCCCCCGUGUACAUAGUUUUUACAUAUAUUUUAAUGAUCAGGAGAACAUUGAGGUAAGCUAUAUUUGAUUUGUUUGCUGUAAAAGCUAUUAUACAACCCUCUUAGUUUUCAAGUAUUUUAUUUUUUCACCACAGAUGGUAAAAUAGAAUAAAAGAUAUGCUUUUUAACAGCAAUAGAGGGUGUUAUUAAUAAGUACUGUACAAGUUUCACUUGUUAUUUUGUAUAUACAAAUUGCAGUUAUAUUGUAUAAAUCUCUCUUAUCAAAGAGUCCAGUUGUCAAUUACCUAAAGAAAGCUAAAUAUUAGAUAAAGAAUUUUGUGUAAGUCACUCUGAAUAAUUUUCAGCUGCAAUUUUUAGCCCUAUGAAUGUUUAUUUUCAGAAUACAAUGAAUGUUUUGUGAAAUUACACAGCCACUUUUUUCUCAGCUUUGAUGACAUAUACAAAAUUUUUUGUUAAAGAAAAUAUACUUCCAGUGUAGAACUAUAUACUUCAAACUAUAAGUUAUAAGGGAUUCAUGUUAUCUUUUCCUGAAUAAUUUGGGUGUAUUUAAUAUUGUUGUGAGUAUACCAUGUCCACCCUCUCCUUUGUUUAUAGCUGGGCAGCACAUGAACAGUGUUUUAUAAAAAUUAUCAUUACUGACCCCAGCUACAUCUUCAGCAGUGACAUUAAGAAAAUAAUUUAAUGUUGGUUAAGCUAUUAUAUAAGUGAAACAAGUGACGCUUGCUUGUACUUGGAAAAAACGUUGGAAAUGGAAUAUAGUGCUUUAUUCGCAAAUAAACUGAAAUGGAACAAUAAAAGUAAAGAAGCAUGAAAAGGUGAAAUAAGUAAGAGACAAUAAUAGAAAUAUGAGAUACACCGCCAUGUGUAAUUAAGA